AUGGAUUCGAGUGAGAAUCCGAAACGUCAGGCAAAUAAACGUCUUGUCCCAGUGAUCGCAUCUUCAUCUUCUGAACUGCUACCUGGGACUCGCCUGUUCGCUUCUAUCAGCAAUCUUUUUGGGCGCGAAGCGCUCCGUUCGGCUCGACGGUGUGAAACCUUUGCCCUUCGAGAUUCGUCAACAUAUGCGCAGAUUCGAUUUCUGCCCAGGUGUCUCGACAACAAUGUGCUGCCGAAGUGUGUUUUAUACAAACCUCCGGUCAACACAGAGCUGGCGAGACGCGCAGUACUUCAGCACGGCCGACGAAUAAUCCGAGUGCUCCUUCAAGACUGUCACUCACGGAUUCGCAAAUACCGUCAGAGGAUUGACCAAGAGAAAGCAAGGUGCUGCGAGUUCAUGGGCGAGGACGGCAUAAAACUGCUUCAGCAGAGGCUGGCCGAACGAACCCGCGAACAUAAAGCAACGCGAGAAGCAGCCCUAGAGAGCAAAUUUCGUAAGCUGCCUGCUCCAAUGUCAUCCAAGAACGACAAACUGGUGCACAACCUGUCGUCAAAGGAGCUGACGGAGGAACAAAUGCAGGUUUUACGGCAUGAGGCCUCAUUCAACACAGCCGAUGCCAAACCUGCCAACAUGAUCGCAGCAGUAGAAUCAAUCCUCAGGCAGACGGGAGCGACAGACGAAACGAAGAACCUCAUUCGACACCAAGUGUCCUCCCUCCUCAUGGCUCAUAGGCCGCGCGAUGUGCUUUCCAAGGUCGAGCGCGAUGCACUUAAGGAACUCAGGGCCGACAACGACCUCGUUAUCGUGCCUGCGGACAAGGGGCAUUCAACGGUCGUAUUGGACAGGACAGAGCGAAAAGCUUGUUGGAGGAUCGUCAGUCCUAUGUCCCAUGCGAAUCCAACCCCAUGA